AAGUGAAACUGGAACUUGAAGAUCUGAUGUCUGACAUCAAGAAAACCGCUAACAAAGUGAGGGCUAAAUUAAAGGUGAUAGAGCAGAACAUCGAGCAAGAGGAACAUACGAACAAAUCGUCAGCGGAUCUGAGGAUACGCAAAACCCAACACUCGACGUUGUCCAGGAAGUUUGUCGAGGUGAUGACGGAGUACAAUCGGACACAGACCGAUUACAGGGAGCGGUGUAAGGGGAGAAUACAACGACAGCUCGAGAUCA